UGUUUUCUCUUGUCUGGAAGCUCAUAGUAAAUCAGCUGCUCUCAGCUUGGGUUUCCAGCACACCAAAAAUCUGCGUGAAGCUCAAGCAUUGCCGUUCUAUUACUGGCACUUAGUUCUCCUGGUUUUUUCUUUUUCCUUUCUGGGUCAUUACUUGAUGAAAGGUGGCCAAAAUUGAAACCCACUCUACUAGUUGGGUUUUACUUAGUGACUUGUGCUGACUUUGUAUGUUUUGGUUCAUUUUUGUUUACUUGUUUCUACAUGCUCUCCUGUUUAAGAAAGUUGACAUCUUAUUCAGCAGGAUGAAGGAGUUCCCAUGCUCUGAAAAUGUCAUUUUAUAAAAAGAAUCACAUGCCUUUUUUUGUGUCUUCUUGCACAGAUCUUAUUCCCAAUUUGAAAAAGUCACACUUUUAUGUACCUCAUGUUUUCAUGUGUUUAGUACAGUAUUGCUUCAAAGUCAAAAGUUUAUUUUAAAAUGUGCCUGUGUAAAAGGUGUAUCUGUAACCUGGGGCAUUUCUAAACAGUUCAUUUUACAUACAAAAUGAUUUUUAAAGAAGUAUGGAUGGCUUCUGAACAGGAUAUGCUGAGGCACUUGGACAGGAAACACAGGAGUUCCCAUUUGACAAUCCCUGGGAUGGAAUGGCCACAUGAAUUUAACUUUUUUACACAAUAGUUCUCAUAAUGGUGUAGAGGUGCUUGAGGGCAGCAGUCAGUUCUGUGAUCCUGUAGUUCACCACAUCCUUGUUUUUGCAUUUUCUGUUUCUCUUUCAAGUUGUGAUUUCAUUUAUUUGGUUUUCUUACACAGUUCUAAGGAAGUGAUUUCAAAGCCACUCAGGCCAUGGCCUUUGAAAGGAUAAACCAGAAGGACUGGUACAAGGUGCUGGGGGCCAAACCAUCAGACAGCCCAGCAGAACUGAAACGGAAAUACCAAAAACUUGCUUUGUUGUAUCAUCCCGACAAACAGGAGGCAGAUGUGGCAGCAGGAGAAGUGGAGGAGCGCGUGCAGCGGUUCAUGGAAAUUGCUCAAGCGUGGAAAAUUCUAGGGAACGAGGAGACAAAAAAAGAGUAUGACCUGCAGCAGCGUGAAGAUAACCUGACAAAAGAAUGGCCACUUCAUGAACAGAUUUAUCUUGAGGACAUGUCCUGGAAUGAAGAUGAACAGCUCUACACUCUGUCCUGUCGAUGUGGUGGGAAUUACAGUGUCUUCAAGAGUGAAAGCAAAGAUGUGUCUUUGGUUUGUUGUGACACAUGUUCACUUGUUAUCGAGAUCCUGCAAUGAUUGUUUCAAUGAAGCACAGUGAGUGUUACAAACUUUUCAAAAGACUGGACAAACAAGUGACAGCAUCUGCUAAAGAAAUGUAUAUUAAAGAAAAGGGGAGCACUACAAGAACAAGUGAAUUCAGGCUUAAAAAUGACAAGUGCCCUUUUGCUCACUCAGCUCUGUAGAAUGAGGCUUGGAUUUUCCCUCUGCAGCUGAAGAGCUCAUUAUUAAACACCUCCAAGCCAGAACAUGAGGUCUCUGCAGCUGGAAUGUCUCUCCUGAUCUAAACCUUUCUUUCCAUCAAACACCAGAGUGGCUUCUUCCAAUGUCAGUCUGAAGCAGCUCUACCUUGGGCCCUUUCUCUUAGGUUAAAUCCUUUUAACAGCUCAGAUGACAAAAUUCCAUCAGGAGGCACAAGUGUGAGAAUGCUUUGAAGAUAAUGAAGAGCAAGGUUCAGCAGUGGGAAGCAGGAACAUUUUCUGUUUAUAAGCGAAAUAUUUAAGUUGAUGAAAUCCUCUCAAAGGCUGGAGCCCCGAAGGAGGAGGCAGAGGCUGGCAGCUGAAGCAGCUGGGUGUCCCAGUGCUGAGGAGCAGGGCUGGUGCCUGUGCCCUGCCCUGUGGCAGUGACAUCACCUGGGCAGCCUGGAGCAGCAGCACAUGCUGAGCUGAGGCUCUCCAGUGUCAGAAAAGAAGGAGUUGUCAUUCCUGAGAGGAAAGCUGAGGAGGAAGCUGUGCUCUGAGCCCUGGGCAGUCAGAGGGAAACCCACAGCACUCCUGGGAGUGACCAGCAGAUCUGGAACCCCACUGGUGAUCAGUGCCAGCCCUGGCACCACCUGCUGAUGUAGGGAGAGCCAGGGGAUGGCUCUGGCUGUGACAGCACAGGAAGUGCACUGUGCCUUUCCAUCCUUCUUAACACUCAGUGCUAACCUUGGCCUGGAACUAAACCCCACAACUUGCCCAUAAAUCCAAGCACUCACUGUGGCUUGCCAGAGGAAGCAGAGCAAGAGGCACAUCAUUUUUGUUGGGGCCACAAGUGUAGCAUUCCCACUCUGAAGUUAGGUGUAAUCUCAGAGACAUCUUUGUCAAGUAAUAUUUGUGUUUAUUCUAAACAAAAAUAGUUCCAUUCAUUCUAGUAGAAAAUACUAUGAAAACUGUCAAUAGUAACUUAAGUCUUUUAAUCAUCAAGAAAUCUGUGGCCAUUGGGGCUUGCACGUAGAAAUCCAAAGUCAUUAAGAGGCCAUAUCUGUAAAAUAAAGCACAGUUACAAGAGAUUUUAAUCACAAUUCAAAUUUUAGUAUUUUUUUGUUAUCAAAAUUGUUUCAUAAACAGCAUAAUUUUUCCUCUCUUUGGUAAAGAACUUUGUUCACUGAUGUGCUUCUCUUACUAGGAGUAAUAAAUACUGUGUGUUACAGGGAA